GGACUUGUGAGCGCUGCGAACAGACAGCAAUAUGGCGGUUAAAUUAUUUACUGUAUUUAUCAUGUGCGUGUUUCUUCACAUUGUGUUCUCAUUUCCUAUUGAAGAUGAGAUUAAGAGUCAUGUCAGUGUAGACGGGAACUCGGUUCUCGGUCAAUCAGUUUCGGCGCCCAGUGAUAAUGAUAAUGUGGAAUUAAGUGUUGUUGAUAACAGUCAAUCUAGUGUCGUCCAGCGGACGAGGAGAAAUGUUAUUGGAGAUGACAAAUGUCCUUCAGGACAGAGGUGGUUCUUGAAUGAGUGUAUUACGGAAGAAAAGUAUCAGGAGAUGAUGGGGGAAGACAAGAGAUGAUAAGGAGCUUCGUCUCUUAACUUUUUUUUCCUCAUUCGACUGGACACUCCGGAAAAACAAGUGUAAACAGUUUUACCUCAAAAGUCUACUUAUCCCUAUGUGACUAAGAAGUCAUUUAUGAUAAUUUAACUAGUAUGUUAGGUUAAAAAUCUAGUCAUUAUCGUAUCUACCAUUUUGUAAUUAUGUUUUUCAUUUUAAUUUAUUCUUCAUUCGCCUAGUUAUACUAGCAUAAUUAUUGUUAUCUGACA